AACGUUCCAUUUUAAAAAAAACAUGAACGGAGUCGGAUCGUAGGCGAGCGAACGUAUCAGAGACAGAGCAAAAAAAUAAAAAAAACGCGUUAGAGCAGCAGCUGCCCACAGUGGAAGUGAGAAAAUACCGACGGCAAAACAAUAGAGCGCAGAAAAUUGGUCGUGCGUAACCAAGUGACUAAUCCCGGAGAAAUAGACAAUAUAAAUAAACAUAAAAUUUAAGUUUGGUUAAUUAAAAACGUUCCAAAUUCUAAUCAACGGUCAAGAAAUAGCGACAGAUCCUGCGAAGCGGAGUGGAUAGCCAAGGAGCUCGGCUUGUGAACAGUUUGCAUAAGCGUGCUCGCCAAAAUGGAUAAUUUCAAUAAAAUAUUUAACAGUGAAAGUGAAAACGGUUGAAGUUUCAACGCAAAUAAAGUACUCGUUAACCCAAAGAAUGCAAUUUCGAGUGCAGUAAUAACAUCCAGCCGUCGUCCGGCUGCCCGAACGUAAAGCAAACACAACAUAUUUUUACAUUGAUGGACAUUCGACCGUAAUCAAAUAACAACACACAAAGGAGCAAGCCUCUCGGGAAAAAGUCGUUAAGUGCGGCCAAAGUGUAUCGGAAUAUCCUUGUGAUAAAAGCGGAUUCCAGUGCAGACAAUUAAGUGAAAGCCGAAGUGAAACACUCGAAACGCGUGUAUUUAAGUGAUAGUGGAAAAGUGGGCUUGUGAAAAGCCGAGCCCAGGUGCUCACCAGUAGAAUUUAACAGUUAGGGUUAAGCUAUGCCAAGGCGCCACUAGGGAAAUAUGGAAAAGCGGCUCAGCGGCAGUCCCGGAGAUUGUCGCGUAACCAGAUCCAGCAUGGCGCCCGCGCUGCGCCUGGAGCAGAAUCCCCGCCAGGAGCCCCAUCCGAAGCAGCCGGAGGCAGCCGGCGGCAAGUCCAAGUCCCCCACCCCGCUGCCCGGCAAGUCGCAGGCGGCCCAGCACCACCAGUUCCGCGCCCCGCAGCAGCAGCAGGGCCCCAAGAACCGCAACAAGGCCUGGGGCAAGCGGCAGCACAAGGCCGGCGGCAAGCACAACGCCAGCGCCUGCGUCGGCGCCAGCAGCGCCCAGGCCCAGUCCGCGGGCUCCUCCGCCCCGGCCACGCCCCUCCUGCCCACGGGGGCGGCGGCAGCCCACAAGGCCGAUCUCGAGAACAUCCAGAACAUCCAGAACAAGAAUCAGGUUGCCGCCGGUGGCGUCAGUCAUCAUGGCAACGCCGGAAACGCCCACCACGGAGGCGGUGGCGGCGGCGGCGGUGGCGCCCACCAUGCGGGAACGGGAGGCGGUGGACACCACCACCACCACAAUACGCGGCUGGCGCAGAACUCCGCCGCGGGAGGAGCCGGCGGGGGAGGAACCAUGCAGCUCUACAAGAAGAUGCUGACGCACAGGGGUCACCACCAUCACGUGCUGUGCGCCGGGAACAAUGCGAACCACACCUGCUGCCUGGUGACGGGCUGCAACGGCAGCUCGGCGGGCGGAGCGGGAGUGGCCGGGGGCGCUGGCGGAGUGGCAGGGGGCGGGGCAGCGUCCUGCAAGGAGGCGCAGAGCAGCAAGGACACCAGCUCGCUGAGCGGCAACAGCAGCAUCGCGGGCAGCGUGGGGGCGGGCAACGCGGUGCACUACUGCUGCGGCCGCUCCAAGUUCUUUCUGCCGGAGAAGCGACUGCGCAAGGAGGUGAUUGUGCCGCCGACCAAGUUCCUGCUGGGCGGCAACAUCUCCGACCCGCUCAACCUCAACUCGCUGCAGAACGAGAACACGUCGAACGCCUCGUCCAGCAACAAUACUCCGGCGACCACGCCCCGCCAGUCGCCCAUCACCACGCCCCCGAAGGUGGAGGUGAUCAUACCGCCCAACAUCCACGAUCCGCUCCACCUGCUGGAUCCCGUCGACUCGAUGGAGUACGAGAAGCAGCUGACGUCGCCGAUGAAGCGUGGCGGAGGCGGGGGCGGGGGAAUGCUGCACCACCGGCAGCACCACCACCGCACGCGGAAGAACCGCAAGCGGCGUCGCUUCGACUCGAACAACACCUCGCACGCAGGGGACGAGGGCGGCGGUGGGGGAGAGCUAGGCGACGAGCCUCUGCCCACGGCCACCUCUUCGCUGGCGGCGUCGCCGGUGGCAGCGCCCGUCAACGUCGGCGGCAGUCUGCUGCUGAGCGAGUCCGCUGCUCCGGCGACAGGCGAAACGGCGGAAACGGGCCACCAGCAGGCGCAUGUGCACUCUCCGCAGUCGGCGUCUACGUCGACAUCGACCGCAGAAAUGCCCACACCUACGCCGACCGAGACAGCGACAGCAACGGCGGCCGAGGAGCAAGUGGAACAGACCGCAGCGCCGACAGCGACGUCGUCGCCGCAGCAACAUGUGGCUAAUGUUUCGAAUGAAGCGCCCUCGGCUGCACCGCCUUCUGCUGCUGCUGAGCCGCCGGCAGAUGAGAUGCUGCUCAGCUGCUCGGCCACGUCGGCCACAAUGGCAGUGGCGUCGACGCUGGCAGAACGUCGGGCGCAGGCCAGCCGAGACCUGAGACUGGAUUUAGCGAGCACGUGCUACGGCGUCGGCGGCACGGGACUGAGCUUCGGCAGCAGCAGCGCUGCCAGCGUGGGCAGCGGCGGAGGUGGAGGCAGUGGCAGGAAGAGGAAAAUCAGCGAGAGCAACAAUUCGCAAAAGAGCAAGAAAUUCCAUCGACACGAUGCCAUGGACAAGAUCGUCAGUCCGGUGGUGCCGCAACCCGGCGCCUGGAAGCGGCCGCCGCGCAUCCUGCAGCCCAGCGGAGCCAGGAAGCCCAACACGCGCCGGUCGACGUCCUUCAGCGAGUCGGAGCUGCUGAGUCCCGUCGAGGAGCUGCCGCCAAAGCAGUUGCCCCUUAUCGAAGUGGAGAUUCCCCGGGACGACACGCCCGACCUGCCUGAUCACGGGCUGGGCAGUCCGCUGAGCACCACCUCGGCGGCCACCUCGCACACGGCCGGCGAGCAGGAUUCCCUGGCCGGAGUGGACACCAGCAUGGCCGAUGGACCGGCAGUGCCCGGGAGCGCAGCCCAGGCCCCAGUGACCAGUACGCUCAUGCUGGAGCCGGCCCUGAUUCCCCCGCUCAAGGUGCUGCCCAAGUUUCGGGCCGACGGGCUGAAGUACCGCUACGGCAACUUCGACCGCUACGUGGACUUCCGGCAGCUGAACGAGUUCCGGGACGUGCGCCUGCAGGUGUUCCAGCGCCACGUCGAGUUGUUCCAGAACAAGGACAUCCUGGACAUCGGCUGCAACGUCGGCCACAUGACCAUCACGGUGGCCAGGCACCUGGCGCCCAAAACCAUCGUCGGCAUCGACAUCGAUCGCGAGCUGGUUGCCCGGGCACGACGGAAUCUGUCGAUCUUCGUGAGAAUCCCCAAGGAGGAGAAGCUUCCGGAGGUCAAGGUGGAGGUGACGGCCGAAGGGAAGGCGGACUCAACGCCGCCCGAGAAGGCGGAAGCCAAUUGCGAGGAGGACGCUUCGGGAGCUGCUCACAAGAAGACGAGACGCGGCAAGAAGCGACGCAAGGUGCAGCAAGCAGCCCUGCACCAGCAUCACCAUCACCACCACCACCAUCACCACCACCAUGACCUGGAGCAGCUGCAGCAGCAGCAGAAGCUGGACGCCCUGCUCGUCAAGCCGCACGAGUUCUUCCCCAUCUCGUUCCCGCUGACCUACGGCGGAGUGCCCCAUCUGCCGCUGGCGGGCAAGUCGCCGCACAUGCUCGGCAACAAGAAUUUGUUCCCGGCGAACGUCUUCUUCCGACACACCAACUAUGUGCUCAAGGACGAGUCGCUGAUGGCCAACGACUCGCAGCAAUACGAUCUCAUCCUGUGUCUCUCCGUCACCAAGUGGAUCCAUCUCAACUUCGGGGACAACGGCUUGAAGAUGGCCUUCAAGCGCAUGUUCAACCAGCUGCGUCCCGGCGGCAAGCUCAUCCUUGAGGCCCAGAACUGGGCCAGCUACAAGAAGAAGAAGAACCUAACGCCGGAGAUCUACAACAACUACAAGCAGAUCGAGUUCUUCCCCAACAAGUUCCACGAGUACUUGCUCAGCUCGGAGGUGGGAUUCAGCCACAGCUACACUCUCGGAGUGCCGCGGCACAUGAACAAGGGAUUCUGCCGACCCAUCCAGCUGUACGCGAAGGGGGACUACACGCCGAACCACGUGCGCUGGAGCGACGCCUACUACCCGCAGACCCCCUACGAGGCGUACCGCGGCAUCUACGCGACCCUGCCCGCCCAUCGGAUGGGCGGCGGGGGCAGCAGCGCGGGCGGCAGCCACAGCGGGCACGCCCACCUGCUGCUCAGCAGCUCCAGCCGGUCGCAGAACUACGACACGCCGCACUACGCGGGCAGCGCCUCGGGCUCGGCCAGCUGCCGGCAGACCCCGAUGUACCAGCCGACGUACAACCCCCUGGAGACGGACUCGUACCAGCCCAGCUACGACAUGGAGUAUCUCAACCACAUGUACGUGUUCGCCUCGCCGCUCUACCAGACCGUCUGGUCGCCGCCGGCCUCGCUGCGCAAGAGCAGCUCGCACACGCCGGUCUUCGGGAGCGUGCGCGACGCGGAGCUGGACGGCGAGGGCAGCGGGGGCGGGGGCAGUGGCGGCGGCAGCUACCACCGGCACGUCUACCCGCCGAACGACGACACCUGCUCGCCGAACGCCAACGCGUGCAACGCGUUCAACUCGAUCCGCGACGCGGACACGGACGACUCCAACCAGCUGCCCGGGGGCAGUCGGCGACAUGUGUACGCCACCAACUGCGGGGAGAGCUCCUCGUCGCCGCAGGUGAAUCACCACGAGGCGGCCGGCGAGUUCGUAGACGCCCUCAUGGACGACGAGCAGAAGUCCUCGACUGGCGGCGGAGGGAACGGCGGAGCGGCCGAUUGUGAUCUGUCGGAUGCCUAGAACAUGUCGGAUGGCCUGUCCAAGAGGAAAAAUGUGUCAAAAAGAAAAAAAUCGAAAAAACCGAAAAAGCUUAAGAAGACCACAAGGGGUUUUCGAAAGGAAUUCAAAAAAAAUUCAAUGUAACCGUAAACAAGACGCUUAUGAUUUUCUAUGGUAUAAUGUGCGUAUAUAUUUUUAUAUAUUGUAAUUUAACGGAAUGAAUAUAUAUACAAAUAUAUACAGAUCUAUAUAUACAAUUUGAACAGAGAUGCAUGUGUUUAGGUACAUAUAUUGUAGUCUUUAUAAAUAAGGCUAUUCAUUUUUGCUAAAAUGCUUUAUAGUGAACACUUGAUUUGAUCCUGUUGGCAGUUCAAUUGUAAUCCUAGUUUUAAAUCCACCAUAAGCAAUACAAACACAAACACGCUCACACGUAUAUACAUAUGUAGGUACAUAUACAGGCACACCCACCAACACUCACCAACACAUACGACAAGCUGUAGCUUUAAAUAACUUACUAUACUGUGCUAUAAAAUGUUUUGGAAACGUGAAAACAUCCCAUGAAAUUCAACUAUUUUUGAUUAACAUUUUGGCGAAGCAAAAAAUAUGAAAAUGCUGCAAGGGAAUGUAAAAACAAAAUCUAAAUAAAGCAAACACACUGGCAAAGCAAAGAAAAUACAAUACGUUAUAAUAUUAAGCCUUAAGCACGUGAGAGUAUGCUUAAAAUUAUUUACAUUAGGUUACGCAGUGGUUAUAGCUAAGCAAGUGUAACAUUAAAUUUCAAGUAUCAUCAAUAGCAAGAAUCGAUCUUCCCCCAUCCCCUCUCCACCUUCUACGAGGUAAGCGGAACUUAAGUUAUGUCUGCUAUGUUUUUGAAACAUUUUAAUGGAAUAAUUUACUCUUUUCUGAGAAAAUGAAAAUUUAUGUAGUCGAAAGAAUUAAAAAGAUAUCUAAAUAGAAAAUAAACAAUAUUAUAUUGAAA